ACAACUUCCCCAACUCACCAUUCCUCUCUCUUUAAACAUGGAUCGACGAAAUGGUCAUUAAUUAAUUCAUCGAUUUUGUUAAUUAGACUAAAUUCUUAGAUUUAUCGAAAAGGCUAGUGAUGAAGUUUUUGCUCGAAUUGGUGGCUUGUUGCGGAUCAUCAUCGGAGGAGGAAAGGCGGCCGCCGGAGGAUGCGCGGUUGUUAGUGGCGCAGCGACGGAAGCAUGAUAGGGGCGGCCGUGAGUGGCGGCCUUCGUUGUCGUCGAUAUCGGAGGACGUGCUAACGGCGAGGAGGAUUAAUAGCAGUAAUGUCCAACAGCCGGCGAAGGGUUGGCAAUGGCACCGCAGCAUCAAGAGAAAGGUCGCCUCCGCUUCCCAAAGAGAUCGCCGCCGUUCCCCCGCUCACGACGAUUUCCGGAGGGCCCACAUGUCAACCGUAAUGCCAACUUUUUCACCUGCGCCCUUCAUGUUUUGAAGCAGUCAUUUAACACCAACCAAAUCUACUCUACUUUGCAUUUGUAUACUCUGAUGUGCCUCGUAGAAUAUAAUCUAUGUCUACCACUUACUUGUUUCAAUCUCUGUAAAUAUGAGUACCAUAAAACUUUCUACUCCAUUUCUUUGUCAAUAUGUUUUCAAUAUGUUUUUUCUGGCGUU